GCUUCCUUGGCAGUGACUGGAUUCAACAUGGAGAACAGAAAAUAGCCCCGAAUCUUUCAGCUCAAGCCUGCGCCCAUUCUAAUUUCCGUUAGCCCCGUCAAUCGCGCCCAAAUUAUGAACUUUCCUCCGUAGCUGUCUGUCCACAAGAGUCUCUCACAUAGAUCCGACAUAUUUCUGUGCAUAGCGUGUAUGUAAAUGUUCGUACUCCACAACUGCAAUCGCGCGCUGAACUGCAAAACUGCUGUAACUCUUAAAAACUACCGGCUGGCCUGACGUCGUUUUACACCGUCUAUGAGUGCGUAAUUUCACUUCGUCAUUUUCCGCUCAAGUAACAAGUCGUGACAACCGGCGGGGUUAGUGGGUGAAAGGUGACGCCGCUGCUGUCUAUUGACUCGUAGAAUGCACAAUGCAGCAAGUGUCUCAGCCUCUCUGGGGUCGGUUGGACUGUUUCGUCUCUUUGGGGUGUCCUGGUCCUGGAGUCUAGCAGCAGGAAUUGGGGUGUAUCUGGGCACCAGUAGCUGGAAAUACUUCUAUAUUGCAGCUCGCACUGCCAAGAGAGACCUCAAUGGGUUGUAUGUACUGUUGAGAGUGAAGCUAGCGUUAUGGCGUUAUGUGCGAAAUGGAUCCAACAUUCCUUCCAUCUUCGCUCAGACGGUGAAACGUCACCCAAACAAACCAGCACUGAUCUAUGAGGCAACAGGGGAAACAUGGACCUUCACCCAGCUGGACGACCUGUCAAAUGCAGUGGCCCACUGGGCCAGAGGUCAGGGAUGGGUCCCUGGGGAUGUGGUGGCCCUCUUCAUGGAAAGCAGACCCUUACAGGUGGCACUUUGGCUAGGCUUGGCCAAGGUUGGGGUGGAAGCUGCACUCAUUAAUUUCAACCUGCGCCAUGACUCCCUCCUGCACUGCGUCGGGGUGUCAGGGUCUCGGGCUAUUGUAUUCGGAGCUGAGCUUGCUAAUGCCAUGUUGGAAGUCAACUCUUCCAUCACCCAGUCUAUGGUACGGUUCUGUACAGGAGACCUCAGUGCAGAACAUAUGACCUCGUUGGGUGCUCAACCUCUGGACCCAGCUUUGGCCUCUGCAUCGAGACACCCCCCUUCCCCUUGUGUUCCGCCCAAAGGCAUGAACGACCGCCUGUUUUAUAUAUACACCUCUGGCACCACUGGAUUGCCCAAGGCUGCCAUUGUGGUGCACAGUCGUUACUACAGAAUUGCUGCUUUUGGAUAUCUUGCCUUUCGCAUGAGUCCUGAUGACAUCAUCUACGACUGCCUCCCACUCUAUCACUCGGCAGGUAAUAUCAUGGGAGUUGGACAGAGUCUGAUCCAUGGCCUCACUGUGGUUGUGAAGAAGAAAUUUUCUGCUAGCCGUUUCUGGGAAGAUUGCAUUAAAUACAACUGCACUGUGGUGCAGUAUAUUGGGGAAAUCUGCCGCUACCUCCUGUCUCAGCCAGUGCGGCCAUCAGAAAAGGGCCACAAAGUUCGGCUGGCAGUGGGAAAUGGAUUGCGCCCCAGUGUGUGGGAGGCCUUCACAGAGCGUUUUGCCGUGGCACAGAUUGGCGAGUUCUAUGGAGCCACUGAGUGCAAUUGCAGCAUUGCCAACAUGGAUGGCAAGGUGGGAGCCUGUGGAUUCAACAGUCGUAUUCUCCCCUAUGUGUACCCCAUUCGCCUGGUGAGGGUGGAUGAGGACAACAUGGAGCUUAUUCGCGACAGCCGGGGACUCUGUGUGCCUUGCCAACCUGGGGAGCCAGGGCUUCUCGUGGGUCGCAUCAACCAGCAGGACCCACUACGACGUUUCGAUGGCUAUGCUAAUCAGGAUGCUACAAGGAAGAAGAUAGCUCACAGUGUCUUCAAGCUAAAUGACUCGGCAUAUUUAUCAGGUGACGUGCUAGUGAUGGAUGAGCUGGGAUACAUGUAUUUUCGGGACCGUGGCGGAGACACAUUCCGCUGGAGAGGGGAAAAUGUCUCCACCACUGAAGUGGAGGGCAUACUCAGCAGUCUUCUAAGUCAGACUGAUGUGGCAGUGUAUGGUGUGGCAGUGCCAGGUGUGGAAGGUAAGGCAGGCAUGGCUGCCAUUGCAGACGUGACAGGAAGUUUUGACUGCAAUGACUUCUUGCAGAAAGUCCAGCGAGCUCUUCCUCCAUAUGCUCGCCCCGUGUUCCUGCGAAUCUCCCCACAAGUGGACACCACAGGUACAUUUAAAAUUCAGAAAACCAGGCUGCAGAGGGAGGGAUGUGACCCACGUCUCACAUCUGACCAGAUCUACUUUUUGAACUCCAGUGCUGCACGUUAUGAGGUUAUAGAUGAGGAACUAUACACUGCUAUAGUGGAGGGAAGAAUGUCUCUAUGACAUGGAGACCAUAGAUAGAGGGUCAAGUUGCCCUGACAGGCUUAUUCUGGUGCUGGAUUCAGUCUGUCUUGGCACUAACUGCCUGGAUUUUAACCAUCUUAAGAUCAAAUUUGAGAGAACAAGUUACAUAAAUGGAGUACUGUUACCGACGAUCUUUAACACUGUAAAAGUAACACACCAGGAGACAAUGUGAGGGCAUUUUUUUUCCCUUUAAUCGUUUCUUUUUACUUAUUAAACACCUCACAAAGCCAUAAAGCCUCACCACACACACUGGCAUCUCCCACAACCAACUUGACAUAGGAGUAUGUUGUAAUGAAGGUGGUUAGGACAGCACAGGUAGUUUCAAAGUAUAUGUCAUUACAGGGUAUUUUACCCACAUAUGAAUCAUGCUGCAGGUUUAGUUCUGUGUAAGUUUAGGCAAUACUUGCGUGAUAUGGAGUUACUGGCAUGUGUUUGGAUGAAACUCAAAGACCGGACUACAGCAUGCUGUGCACUUGGCUACUAAAGCAAACACUAACUGUAGAUUAUUUUUGAUUGCAAUGGAAAACUAAUCUCCCAUGAACUAUUUAAACUUUUGAAGAACAGUGGUAUGGGUUUGCAAAGACGCAUAUAAUAUGUGCCUUGUAUGAAACGUUGCACCCGUGUUUCCUUCGUAUGCUUUUCUUUGCCAUGCAAGCCUGAGGUCCCAUUUGUUUUCUGUAAAAAUCUUAUCAUGGUAUUAAUAUGGCUGUUCAAGAUUGUAAAACAUUUUACAGUAUCAGAUCUUCCAGACUGCAUUUGUUUUAACUCAGAUUAAAUAUUUUAAAACA